CAUGCACCAGGAAAAUUGUUCAACAUGGCGGACAACACUUGACAUGUCAAACAGGGAAGGUCGAGCUGUGUUCAUUCGAUAAAAACUUCUGGCAUGAGUCAUCCUCCCAUCAGUUUGUGUAAAAAACCCUGCAUGUAGAUCAGCGGAUACCAUGACAUAGGCCUACCCAUCAUAGUGAAUUGGAUUUUGAACGGCAGGCAACACGUCACUACAUGAUGUAGUUAACCGUUAUGAAGACGUUUUAGUUGCUGGAGGUUAAUACCAUAGCCAUCAUGUCUGAAAUGCAAGAUUUGGCUGCUGUGGAGCGUUCCAACAGGGAGCGAGCUGACAUUGUGGCCAGAUAUGACAAGGGGCGUGAACCAGGUGCCAAGAUUGAUCCAUGGGAAGAUGCAUCCUUUAUCAUCUACAAGGUCACUGACAAAAAUGGCUUUUUACAAGAGCAUGAAUUACCCCCAAGCCCAGAUGAAGAAGAAAGGAAGCUUCGGGAGCAAGAAGUUGAGAGGACGAAAAAAUGGCUGAAAAUGAUGAAAGACUGGAAGCGAUACUAUCCCAGUGAAAAGUUGACGAGGCGAGUCUACAAAGGGAUCCCUGACAAACUGAGGGGCAGUGUCUGGGCUCUGCUACUAGACCUGAAGAAGGUCAAAGAUGAACAGCCAAGCGUGUACGAGAGAAUGCGAAUACGAGCACGCAAACUUUCACCGGACAUACGGCAGAUUGACCUCGACGUCAACAGAACAUUCAGGAAUCAUAUAAUGUUCCGAGACCGUUAUGGAAUUAAACAGCAGGCGUUAUUCCAUAUACUUGCUGCCUACUCCAUGUACAACACGGAGGUUGGCUACUGUCAAGGCAUGAGUCAGAUUGCUGCUCUGCUCUUGAUGUAUCUGAACGAGGAAGAUGCAUUCUGGGCCUUACAUGCCCUGCUGACGGACACGAAGCAUGCUAUGCAUGGCUUCUUUAUACCUGGUUUCCCGAAGUUGAUAAGGUACCAGGACCACCAUGAACGCAUCUUGAAAAAGUUCCUCCCUAAAGUCAAGAAGAACUUUGACAAGCUGGAGAUCCACACCAGCCUGUACUCUAUGAAGUGGUUCUUCCAGUGCUUCCUGGACCGGGUGCCGUUCUCACUAACGUUACGCCUCUGGGAUAUCUACAUGCUGGAAGGUGACAAGAUCCUGGUGGCCAUGUCUUUCAAUCUCAUGAAGAUGCACCGACGGAUGAUGCUGAAGAAAGACAUGGAGACGAUUGUCAGGUACCUCCAGGAGCGACUCGUUGAUGACUUUGGCUUCAAAGAUGAUGAAGUCAUCGAGUCACUACAAGAAAGCAUAGCAGAUCUGAGACGGGCCAAGAUGAUUAUGCCGCCUGCUCCCAAGACGUCAGAGCUGCCCCAGGUACCCUUUGGCCUAGCCAGAACCCCCAGCAUCAGCCAGGCCACAGGGCUGCGCUCCCCAAUGCCCCAGAUGAGCAACGGCCGCGGCAAACAGGUGACCUCCUCAUCUGGCACGCCACCCCAAACACCAACCGCCUCGCCCAGCACAACCCUAUCCGUAUCCAACUCCACCUCCCGCCAGACCUCGCCAGAGAAGCGCACUGCCCGGUCAGAAGACAACUACUACAGCAGCGUCACGUCCUUUGAGAGCCAGUUCUCCAGCCAGGUGGCGGGUGCACUGACGAUGGCCGACCCCAUGCAUGAGGCCCGCUCACCCCCGCCAUGUUCAGACCGCUUUGCCCAGACUGACGAGGAGGAAGGCCACACGCCCACGCAGAAGGACUUCCUGGAGCACGAGGCCCGACUGCGUGCCCGGGAGGGCAAUGGGAGAGUGGACAAGCGAUCACUGCAGCCCAGCCUUAGCUCGCCUCCAGGGGAGCGCCCGCAGAGUCUGCCGCCCUCUAGCCCCGCCAUGUCAGACCCCAUGGAACGCCGGCUGUCACUUUACGACAACAUUGACGUGUACUACAAUGACACCUAUGAGGUGGACAUGGAGGAGUCGUUAGAACGCUUGAACACUCCAACCGACCAAGAGCCAUUCACGUUGGGUGAACACGAAACAUUACUCUACACGCCUGUGGCAGGCAAUUCCCCAGCCCGAGGUGCUGUGACCGCCCUUGCCCGUGUAGGAGCUACGUCAGUUCAAGGGGCAGGUAGCUCCCCUACCCACAUGGCCAGCAGCUCUCCCACUCGCUCCACCGGUAGAGCCGGUUCCCCGUACAGAGACACUAACGUCCCCAAACUGUCCCCCAUUAAAUACACCCCAUACGCCGGUCCCUCCUAUGCGCCCCCCUCCACCUCCAUCCAUCCCCCGCCCCCACCACCACGAACCCUGCCCAUGAGUGAGCUGCAGCACUUUGAUGGAGAGGGGUCCCCUUACCGAGUCCGGCGUGCGACUCCUGACAGAGAAGCCUUUGGUGGCAGUGUGUUCACCACACAGUCUACAGUUGACGGCCCAGCAGUCCGACCAAAAAAUCUUCACAGCCCCGUCAAUGGAGUGCCAUAUUUUAAGACACAAACAACCUAUAUAUAACACAGUAAGUAAUGGUCAGAAAUUAUCCAUUUUGUAUUUUAUCCACUUAGGGGAAGUUAGUAACCCCUAUUAGAACAUGGUGCACGUACUUUGACGAGAAUAUUUUCCGCGUGGCUCACAGUAGUGUUGUAUAAAGUAACAGUGGUGUUUGUCAGUUGAAAAGUGGAAAAACAAUGUUUUGUUCAAAUUAUGGAAUCAUGCAUUGAGACAUCAGCUGUGUAAGCUUUUACCAGAAGAUAAGAUUUUAUGAUUCAUUUCCAAAACUGAAUAAUAGAAAACUUCAGAGUUAAUUUGAAGACAGCACAGAAGUUAUUACACCUGAGAUGUCAUCAACAUACAAGCUUAAAUCCUUGUUUAAAAAAAAAAACCAUGCUUUUAGGUAUUCAAACCACUACAUGUAAAUAUAGCAUCCUUGGUUUGAAUGCACCAAAUCAUUUCUCAAGAGUUAUCUCUAUAACCCAGCACAGUUUUGCUUUCUGAGCAUAUUCAAACCACGGUAGUUAAAGGCAUUCUGUGGGGCAGACUUGACACUAGGCAGUAUCCACCUGGCAGACAUCUUGAGCAGACCUCAGUAUCUCUGUGCAGGAUUUGCUUGGGUCCAAAACAUUCACGGGGGUGUUGUUGAAGGCUCAUCUGCCGUGUAGGGAAAUGUUUUUGCUUCAUUGAUGAUGUGGAAUACUGAUGAAUUUUUUUUUGGUCACUUGCUCUUUUGGUACCCAUAAAUUGAAUGCAGAUUAGCAAAGCAAAUGAUUUACCCGUGCGGAAAUCUAGCAUUGCUAUUUGGAGAAAAUCUGGUGUUUAAAUUGACCACAGACGGAAUGUACGGUUUUUCAAAUAAAGAUAGGGUAGAGAGAUUAGUUUGACUUGGGUUUAUUUUGUGUGUGUGUGCAUAUGUGCGUGCUAACGUCAGGCAAGGCAGCUGAAAUUCGCAUGAGUACAUGUAUGCUUUUUCCCCUUUUUUCACUUUGGACUUGUGUGAGAGUGGUCAGCGUUUAUAUAACCAAAAUGUCAGCCAUUUGGCAAGCUAAUGAACGGUAAUCAGUCACUCCCAAACUGUAUAAUUUUCCAUUGGAGAAAUCUAUGGAAUAAUUAGACAAUAAUAAUUGUUUUUUUUUUUCACUAAUUUGUUCAGUCCACAUAUUCCAUAUGUUUCUAUGCAUAAUACCAAAGUAACAUUGUGGUUUGCUCUAUCUAAAUGAAUACGGUUGUUUCCAGCUACAUGGUGAGAAUACAUACACGUUUGCUGGCUCUCUCAUUUUUUGUCACAUUUGUGCAGUAUUUACAAGUAUUUACAAAAAAAGGCAGCUCUCUCAGUAGGAAUCAAAAUCAGUAGCCCUUGUAGGUUUGAAGUUGUGAUCAUGUAAAAUUUUACUGGCAGUUUGUGCAAGCAAAUCAAGAUGACGCACUUGGGCAUUAAUAUGCAAAGCAAAGAGAGUGUCUUUAUUCCUCACUUUGUAAGAACCAGCAGCAUACACGUAUGACGCGUACAUUUUGCAGGCUUGUCUUUGUGUACUUUGUCUCAUUUCAGCUAAUACCUGAAUAAAAAAUAACAAAAAACCGAAACAAAAAAAACCUGUUUAAGUUUCCUUCAAAGUCACUGAAAAAACCUCCAGCUGUUGUUUUGAACGGGCACUAGAUGAAUGUAGGAAAACACAGCCAUUACAUCUAUGCACUGUCCUCGUAGACUUUGCUUUGACUUAUUAAAAAAUCCUUUUUCUAUUACACUUUUUAGUAAAUUUCUUAAGAAAGGAGGCACAGUUUUUCUUGUCUGUAAAACUGAUGAUGUUUUUUAUAUUUGUACAAAGACAAGAUGUUCAGAAUUAAGAUAGGACAUUUAAUUUAACUUGUUUUGAUAAUCAUUUUCGAGACAUACAUGUAUUAGUAGGGUCAAUUUGUACAUACAAAUAGGGUUGAUCAGCAGUUGUCAGGACAAAAAUGUUGAAAAUUUAUUACAUGGAACAAGUGUGUAGUUUUUAAGAAUACCCAGAACUCUUUUGACCUGUGUAACGAGGGUUUUAUCUGGAAGAAAAGGAGUUUUGUCAGGUUUGUGUUUCAGUGAAGCUGUUGUUUGUAUGAAGUGAGUGCUGACAGGAAUGGAUCAUCAUAUUGUCACACUUUUUGUACCUGUAUAUGCAGCUUAAUCUUCUCUGUAAAUUGUAGAAAAUGAGGAAGUUGGAAGCAAAAUGUUGGGGGUCUUUUAGCAAGUAUGAUUUGAAUGUUGUUUUGUACAUGUGCACAAUGUGUCUAGUAUAUUUGUAUUCACAGGGAGACUGGGAGAGUUGGGCAGGUUGAACAAGCUUUCUUUUGGCCACCAACACAGGUGUUUGAUUUUUGAAAAAUCAUUUAGAUGGGGCAUCUUCCCCCUGGAAGGGAAGCAUGCUACAAAUGUAUUAUCAAAAUUACUAAGUGUCAGUGCAGUGCCAACUAGAAGUGUUAUGGGUUUUUCCCUUGGUCCUGAGGGUGUCAAGGAUUUUGCCUUUCCCUUCAUUUUUAUCCACACUACUGUUGACCUACAUGUAGUUCUAAUUUCUUGGACCAGUCUAGUGUACAGAUAUUUACUGUGUACUGUCCAUAUACCUGGAGUACAGAGAUUGUUUUUCCCUGACAGCCCAGGAUUAAUACCCGGGUACCAGCUAAAAUGUGAUUUUCCGAGGCAGUCAGUACUCGGACUAGAUUGUACAUGUCUCUGUUGGCUUUCACAUCACUAACAAGCUGCAACGAAGAAAUUUGCUGUGCCGUUUUAUGUGCCCAGUAAAAUCUAGCAGAAGACCACUUGCAAGCAAUACAAAACAAGUAACACAUUGAUUGGUAACCCACCACUACUAUGAAGGCACCAUGACCUCAGCUCAUGUACAGAAUCUUCUCAAAACGGUUUAUUUUGUCCCGUUUUGUUCAUACCUGCUGUAUAUAUGUAAAUAAAUGCUGCUUUAUGUGAUAAUGUGUGUAGCAUCAUAAAGAGUGACGGAUGGGGAUCUUGAUGUGUGGAUUCCUGUCCUCUGUGGUGAGUGGAUUGAGUUUCUCUUUCUGUAGAAGGCCAGCAGACCAAUGUAUGGACGCUCUUUGUCCUUUACCAAGUUGAAACGGUCAAUGCUGAAUUUAUUUGGAUGCCUGUAUGCGUAAAUUAUGAAAUUCAUUUGUAAAUUGUACAUUACCUUUAUUUGCAGAGUCAUUUGUUAUGUAUAUGCAGAAAGAGUACAGUUGUUGCCAUUCAUUCGUAGUAUUUAUAAAAGAGAAAAAUAUUACUGAUAAAAAUGGAAUGUUCAGUAAAUUACAUUUGAAGUGCAAAAUCAAAGCUGUAGUCAGGAAACACAAAGGUGUCUUACCUUAAAAAAAAACUGCUCACAGUAGACUGGACUUAAAAGCUUGCCCUUUUUUUCUUCCUCCAGGUUAAGGGUAUUGUGUACAGAAAAUCACAACGUAUUUUGUAAUUGAAGAGUCAGUGACUGUCAGGUUAUUUAUUACGAAUUCUGCAAGACAGGCAUCCACUUGCAGAAUGUUAGUGAACAAGUUUGUUCUUUUUCCACACCUAAUUUAUUCGGGAGUUGUCUAUUCCUCGAGAAGAUCAUAUUUUGUCGUGAGAAAAAGAUAGACUGUUUACUUGCAGAUAUUCAUGAAGAUCAGUAUGGAAUAGUUACCACAACAUUGGGUUUACCAGUAUGUACUGCUAGAGAAAAACUUCAAGGGGUAAAAUGUAAUUUGUUUCUCGGUGACUUGUGACCAAUUUGUAACUAUCCUCUCAAUAAUGUUUUAGUAAUUUUACUUGUAUUUUUGUUAGCUAUGUAUCUCAAUAACGCAAUCAUGCUACACAGCUACAGUAGUGUGUCAGGAAUGUUAGAGCAAGGUUCUGUAUACAGGAAAUGUAGUUCUCGUUUGUUUCAGUUCUUUUUAGCCUCACCUUUUCACCUUGCAACCCUAGUGACAUUAAUCACUUCACCCAGCCAACCCGAACAUCCCAUCCUAAAUCCUCACAUCCUUUUAAUCUCAUACCCUGUCUGCACCUAUUUCCACCCAUCUUGCCCCGCAUUUCUACCCCAGAAGCUAGCUAGAGCGCAUCCUUCCGCCCUUGGUGCCCCUUCACCAACCCUUCCUUCCCUGCCCAACUUGCCCUUAACUCUUGCAUCAUGGCACUUCUCCAUUAGCCCCAAAGAUCGCACUGCAGUAUCCUACUGUGCAUUUACUUUAGGUCACUGGCAAUUAUGCCUAAUGCCAUGCCUUACCACAUUGUACAUGUACUGGCAUGCUGCAUCCUCUGAGCAGCUGUUUCUAAUUUUGCUUUUUACAUGUACCAUCACACAGGCACAUUCAUCGCCUUGUUGCAGUUUGCAAGGUACAUCUUGCAAAUGAAAUCUUUAAAUACUGUAUUUUUACCUUGAUCUUUUCGGUGUCAUGAGUGAUCCUUGUGAUGCGUAAGCAGGAUGUCUAAAAUACUCUUUUUAGACAGCCCCGUUCUGACAUGGGUAAAAAUAACACGUUUCAGUUCGUUACUGUUUACACCAGAAAAUGUUUGGGUAUGGAGAAUAACGCUUUAAUAGUUUUGUUUCUCAGCAGUUUUUGUCGUGACUCUUGUUGCCGAAGUCUUGGAUAGUCACUUUUCUAAUCUUUGUAGUUGACUUAGGCUGUCUUUUUACCUACAAAUUACAUUUAAAAAGUGUACAGGUUUGUUUUUGUACAGAAACUUUGUGUGAGAACUUAAAGGGAGAGAUACAACUCAAUCAGUGUCAAAGUGGUCAGUGAUAACUUCUGUCUCAGUAGAAAAUCUUUUAUAAUUGCUUUAAGAUCCAUUCAAAUAAUAAAAUGUAAAAUGUGAAGUUA